AUGAAUCAUGAACAGAACGUAAUAAAAGGCCUAGUCCUUGAGCCUCGACAAGUAAAGGACGCUUUACGAGUAAUAAUCCAUUCAAUCCUUUUCCAGCGAGAACUCGGAGUUGUAACCCCUCGCCAAGUAGAAAGUGAUUGUGGGGUUUUUUAUUUGACUCUCAAUGAUAUCAAUACAGAUAAACAUAUAGAAGAGCAGCUGACAUUAUUUGAAAACAGGCUCCAGGAGAGGCCAAUGCUAAUUUUAACUCUUUCUUUCUACCAAACAGUUAAAAAGAAAACAUUUUUGUUCAUACAAGAAAAAACCAAAGUCAUUUGGGAAGAAUGGAAAAUCCCUAUACAGCUCCAGCAGAUGGCAAUUCCUGAAUCAAGGAAAUCUGACUCAAGAUUGGCCAAAAAGUUGAGAAAAAGGCUCAUGACAAUCAUCGAGAGGAUCUGCGAGAAAAAAGACCAUUUGCCGAGCAUUGGUGAAGCUAACGAUCCAACUGUUAUUAGAUUUCCAUAUGAAAUUACAGUCAGUUCUAUUGUAUUAAGCAUCCUAUUUAAUCAAUAAUGAUUUGUUCGCUUACGAAGGGGAAACAAGUGCUUUUAAUUUUAAAUACGUUAUAGCCCCAUUAUAA